AUGAACACAACCUCCCUCCUCCUCACCGGCCGCACAGCCGCAGACAUCUCCCUCCUCCCCCAACGCCAAGCGGCCAGCCUAACAACCAUCUACCACCACAAGAAAACCGCACCCUCCUCCUCAUCCUCCCCCCGCAAACCCGCCAUCAAACGCACUCCAACCAGCACCCGCGACAGCCCCGGCUGGUACAACACCGAAGGCGGCAUGACCCUCGACGACUUCGCGGCAAGAUUAAACACAACCCUCUCCCGCUUCGAGCAAUGGCAGGGCAAGUGCGCGCAGAGCGUCGUCAUGGCGCUGAUGCGGCCGACACCGAUCAUGCUGUUUGUGCUUAAUCCGGUGGCGUUGAUGAUUUGGUUGGCGUUGGUUGGGUGGUGGUUGUGGGGGUGA